CUCGGCUGGCAUAUUGUUGCCCGGCCGCCGCACCGACCGCCGCCGCCUCGCCUCGCCUUUCGGGUUUCCGAAGAAGACGGAUCCGGGCGGCCGUGGCUCUCUCCUCGCCCACUGACCUGCAUUGCUGUCUCAGCUUCCCAUUAAUCUCUGCUCUGGUGACCGAAUGCAGACAGGGCAAUGCACACACUAACAGAGAAGGAGCCUGAAUUAAGGAAAUGCAAACUAUAACAAAUAGCUACUGAAUAAAGUGCUUGAUUGAAGAUAGAAGAGAAUGGCUUUGAAGAUCGCUGUACUGCUGAGCUGUAUCCUGGGAAUCAGCACCCUUCCUCUGGAGGAACCCGAAGAUGGCGGCAAGCAUUGGGUUCUCAUUGUAGCUGGCUCAAGUGGCUGGUAUAACUACAGGCACCAGGCUGAUGUAUGUCACGCAUAUCAGAUCGUGCACCGAAAUGGCAUUCCUGAUGAACAGAUUAUUGUUAUGAUGUACGAUGACAUUGCUUAUGAUGCAGAGAAUCCAACCCCAGGAAUCAUCAUCAACAGACCCAAUGGCACAGAUGUUUACAAAGGAGUCCUAAAGGACUACACUGGGAAGGAUGUUACACCAGGAAAUUUCCUUGCAGUUCUGAGAGGUGACGCUGAAGCAGUGAAGAAAGUAGGAUCAGGAAAAGUAAUAAAAAGUGGUCCUAAGGAUCAUAUAUUUGUGUUUUUCACUGACCACGGAGCGCCUGGACUUCUGGCUUUUCCAUCUGAUGAUCUCUAUGCAAAAGACUUGAAUAAGACCAUUCGGUACAUGAACCGUCAUAAAAAGUACCAGAAGAUGGUGUUUUACAUUGAAGCAUGUGAAUCUGGAUCAAUGAUGGUCGAUCUGCCGGAUAAUAUCAACAUUUAUGCCACUACAGCUGCCAAUCCUAAGGAGUCAUCUUAUGCGUGUUACUACGAUGAGAAGAGGCAAACUUACCUUGGGGACUGGUACAGUGUCAAUUGGAUGGAAGAUUCUGAUGUCGAGGAUCUGAAACGGGAAACUCUUCACAAGCAGUUCGAGUUGGUGAAGAAACGCACCAACACCAGCCAUGUGAUGCAGUAUGGUAACAAAACCAUCUCUCACAUGAAAGUGGUGCAGUUCCAGGGCACAGGCAAAGCCGACAGCGCCCCCAUUUCCUUGCCACCUGUAAGCAGCUACGACCUCAUUCCGAGUCCCGAUGUGCCUCUUGCAAUAAUGAAGCGCAAGCUGAUGGCCACCAAUGAUGCGUAUCAAGCGAAGGCCAUCAUAGAAGAUAUCAAGAGACAUCUGGAGGCCAGACAACAAAUCCAGGACUAUAUGUACAAGACCGUGUACUUUAUAACAAACUCCAUAGAGCGCACAGAGCAAAUUUUAUCGGACAAGAUGAGCCUCAGCAAUUAUGACUGCUACCAGUCUGCUGCCAAUCAUUUCAAAACCCAUUGCUUUAACUGGCACAAUCCUCAGUAUGAAUAUGCUCUGAGACAACUGUAUGCCUUGGUCAACGUCUGUGAAGUGGGAUAUCCCAUUGACAGGAUUCUGCUGGCCAUGGAUCAAGUGUGUGUUAAAAAUUCAGCCUAGUGAGAAAAGGCAGCUGAGAUGAAAUGGAGCAGGAAUUCCUGCAAAGCAAAGAGAGGUCGGCAAGUGCCUCCACAGGGGGAAAAUACUACCAUGGAAGCUCUCGUGGACACCUCUGAUCAGAUUCUGCACUUUAAAGCAUUGAAUGAAUGAAUGAAAAUCGUGAAGAUGCUCUUCAGGGAUUUGCCUUGUUCCAGCAGCACCUUCUGAAGGCCCCUGAAGUUAACCGGUUUAUCCGUAUCUUUACAGUUGCAGUGUGUCAUCACAUUGCUUGAUUUCCCCCCUGCCUUGUGAUAUGAAUACUUUCACUACAGGAGUGUGUUCUGUUUUUACCUUGAUUUCAGUCUUGUACUCAGGUUUUUUUGGUGGUAGCCUUCUGAGAAUUAGCCUGGGAAGUUUAGGAAUGGCCUGCAAUGAACACUGUUUCCUGCUUCUUGUUUUCAUAAUUGAAAACGAAUGCUUUAACGACUAGAAGAAAACAACGCACUGAAUUAUUUUGCCCGUUGACUCAAGAAUAAAAAAGCCUUUGUUUGUCAACCUUUGCAAGCUGAAGUAAUUUUUAAAUUUUUUUUACUGACUUUUGUUUUCAAACGUUCAAGUUUAUUAGAAAAUAAAUUAACAAAGUCCACUCACACAUAGAGGUUAUUCCUCCUCCCUUCCCUCUUCCGAGAUUGUUUAUUGCUGUUUGUGUUUUUGAUUCUUAUGUAAUCGUAUGUUUACACAAUUUGUUGAGAGGCUGUGCAGUAUUUUGAGGAACCUGUGAAUAAAGUUGAUGAGAUACUUA